CCCCCACUCCCCCUCCCCCUUUCCCCCGCCCCACCCCCGCCGGGGACAGAAACAUGCGCCCAUGGACGGGCUCCUGGAGGUGGAUCAUGCUGGUGCUGCUGGCCUGGGGCACCCUGCUCUUCUACAUCGGGGGUCACCUGGUGCGGGACAGCGAGCACCCCGACCGCUCCAGCCGGGAGCUCUCCAAAAUCCUGGCCAAGCUGGAGCGCCUCAAGCAGCAGAACGAGGACCUGCGGCGGAUGGCCGAGUCGCUCAGGGUACCCGAGGGCCAGGUGGAGGCGGACCCCGGGGCGGCCGGCAGACUCCACAGCCUGGAGGAGCAGCUGAUCCAGGCCAAGGAGCAGAUCAGCAGCUUCCAGAGACAGCCUGGAGACGCAGGUCCCGGGAAGAACCAGGAAGUCCUCCGGAGGAAGAUUGAGAAUGGCGUGAAGGAGCUGUGGUACUUUGUGCGCAGCGAGAUCAAGAAGCUGGGCCAGGUGGAGACGGGCGACCUGCAGAAGCACAUCGACACCCUGCUGCAGGACCUGGGACACCAGCAGAGGUCCAUCAUGACGGACCUGUACUACCUCAGCCAGGCCGACGGCGCCGGGGAGUGGAGGGAGAAGGAGGCCAAAGACCUGUCUGAGCUGGUGCAGAACCGGAUCACCUACCUACAGAACCCUAAGGACUGCAGCAAGGCGCAGAAGCUGGUGUGCAACAUCAACAAGGGCUGCGGCUACGGCUGCCAGCUGCACCACGUGGUGUACUGCUUCAUGAUCGCCUACGGCACGCACCGCACGCUCAUCCUGGAGUCGCAGAACUGGCGCUACGCCACCGGCGGCUGGGAGACCGUCUUCCGGCCCGUCAGCGAGUCCUGCACCGACCGCUCCGGCGCCUCCACCGGGCACUGGUCAGGUGAGGCCAACGAUCGGAAUGUCCAGGUCGUGGAGCUGCCCAUCGUUGACAGCUUGCACCCCCGGCCCCCCUACCUGCCGCUGGCCAUCCCCGAGGACCUGGCGGACCGCCUCCACCGUCUCCACGGCGACCCGUCCGUCUGGUGGGUCUCGCAGUUCGUCAAGUACCUGAUCCGCCCCCAGGCCUGGCUGGAGAAGGAGAUCCAGGAGGCCGCCGCCAAGAUGGGCUUCAAGCACCCCAUCAUCGGGGUGCACGUGCGGCGGACGGACAAGGUGGGGACGGAGGCAGCGUUCCACCCCAUCGAGGAGUACAUGGUGCACGUGGAGGACCACUUCCAGCACCUGGCCCGCCGCAUGCACGUGGACAAGAAGCGCGUCUACCUGGCCACCGAUGACCCCGCCCUGCUGCAGGAGGCCAAGGCCAAGUACCAGGAUUACGAGUUCAUCAGCGAUAACUCCAUCUCGUGGUCAGCCGGGCUGCACAACCGCUACACAGAAAACUCGCUGAGGGGCGUGAUCUUGGACAUCCACUUCCUGUCACAGACCAACUACCUGGUCUGCACCUUCUCCUCACAGGUGUGCCGCGUGGCGUACGAGAUCAUGCAGACGCUGCACCCGGACGCCUCGUCCUACUUCCACUCGCUGGACGACAUCUACUACUUCGGCGGGCAGAACGCGCACAACCAGAUAGCCAUAUACCCGCACCAGCCGCGGAGCGGCGAGGACAUCCCGCUGGAGCCCGGCGACGUCGUCGGCGUGGCCGGGAACCACUGGGACGGCUACUCCAAGGGCAUCAACCGCAAGAUGGGGCGCACGGGCCUGUACCCCUCGUACAAAGUGAAGGAGAAGGUGGAGACCGUGAAGUACCCCACGUACCCGGAGGCGGACAAGCUCCUGCACCUAUAGGGUGCCCCCCCCGGACCGCUCCACCGGCGGACUUGCCGGACUGUCGGCAGGGGGAGAGAGGAGGGGGACUGUGCCGUUUGUGAAGCGUGUGCGUGUGUGUCUGUCUGUAUGUGUGUGUGUGCGUGUGUGAGCGCGCGUGCACACCCAAGGAGCACAGACUCUUGACACCCUGCUCUGCCAGACCUGCUAAGCACUUCUCUCUCACCAGUGGUGGACCCCCCCCCCAGCCCCAGCCACCCAAUGACACUGGCCUUUUGUGGAGGGGGGAGGGCGGGGCGGGGCGGGGCGGGGCGGGUCACGAAAGAGUACAAAAACGAAUUUCGAAACGGAGACGGGGGAAACGAGUGCUAGCAACUGUCCGAUGAAAUGAAGGGAUUUCAAUCUCAGUUCUCUAUUUAAAAAAAACAAAAACAAAAAAGAGGAAAAAGCUACCACACUGAACUGUGAACAAAGCAGCUGGAAAUUCUCCUUUUCCUCCUGGGCUGUAACUGUCAUUUUUUUUGCCGCUCCCCGGCCCAAAAUGGCUCUCUCUCUCUCUCUCUUCUCACUUCCUUCCUGUCUGUCGCACCGAGUCCGCCCCGCCCACUCCUCCGCGGCUCGUCCUUCCCCCUUCGCUAUUAAUUUGCCGUUUCGCAAAACACCGCAUCGUGCUUUUUUUUCGAUGACUGAUCCCGUCGACUUUUUCGUUUCGUGCUGGCGGACCGCGCGCCGCGACGCGUACGCUUUUUGAGCGAGCGAGCGAGCGAGCGAGUCCCGAUCGCGGUGCCUACGAGAGUUCAAAAGGGUUUGGCUCGAUGGUGAGGGUGACGGAGGUGAGGUUCACUCCCCUUCUAUGAGCACAACGUAAAACUGCACUCCACAAACAUUAGUUCUAUUUUUAUUUACGUUUUUAUUAUUGUUAUUGUUAUUAUUAUUUGGUCUUGGCCAUUUUUUUUUAUUUGUGUUUUUUAUUUUUUAAUAUUUUGACCUUAAUAGAUUGUUAAGAUGAAAAAAAAAAAACAUUUCAAAUUAAACAAUAAUGAUCAAGAUAAUUUAAGAUUAUGCUAAUGAUGAUAAUAGUGUUAAAAAUAAUAAUGAUGACUAUUGAUCCUCUCCACAAGGUUUUCAGUCUGCCUUGAAGAGAUUUUUCGUAAUUCGUAUCUAAUUAAUGUCAUAAUCAAAUCCAUGGGCAUUUUCUUUAAUCGCAGUCGAUCAAAUAAAUUGGAUAAACCGGGUGCCAUUUUCGCUGUUUAACUGUAUGGCUUGGACGUUUCAGUCACACGGCACGAUUGAAGACCCCACCCCAAACCCCUCCCCCUCAACCCCCCCACCCCAGUCCGCCAUGUGUAGUUCCUCCGUGUUUCACUUCCUGUCUGUGGGAUGGCUGCCAUUUGGGUGGAGUCAUAUAUUUAAGUUCCCAGAACGCCCUGGGGCGGUGCGAGACCAGACCCUCGUGGUGAGGCCAGUUUAUCUCCAGAAAUUUGCACUGAAUGCCCUGUGUGUACCACAUGUCUUAAUGUUGUUGUUCUCAUGUUGUUCUGACAUCCCCGAGUGUCUGAAUCGGUUGUAUCAAUGCUUAUUAUAUAGAAUUAUAGAAUGGCUAGAUUAAGCAUUAGAGAAAAAAAAAAGGUGACUGACUUUUUUUUCCAUUUGUUACUUUUUUCAACUGUAAAAAAAAAAAAAAUGUAAGAUUCAAAAUGACACUACAAAUGCUAAAUUUCCUUUCUAAAAGCAUCCCACCCUCCCAAAAAAAAAAAAAAUGGUUCACUUGAAAAGUAUCUCAUGAAAUAAAAGCAAAGGCCCCCAGGGCUUCAAAAUAACAGGAGGGCUCUCGUUUCACAUUUCAUUAAAAGCACACAAAACCAAUAUGGCUUGUCUUUAGCAGCCAUUUAAAUGCAACAGUGGUUCAGUCAGUUAUUCUGUUUACUGGCCAUUGAGCAGUGUUUUCAAACAGAAUAAAUACAGUACAUGCCCCA